AUGGGUUAUGACAUGGCUUUGAUGGAGAGAGCUAGCCCAAUGCUCUUUUCCCGCGAGCGAUACGAGGAAUAUCCGAUGGAAUACGCAGAAUUGAAACAUUAUCUGACAAGUAACGGCAUUGAGGACUUCCCUAAGAGGCAAUCGAAACCGUAUACACAUGUGGAUUAUCUGGAUUAUCUGCUUUACCGGGAUGACGAAACAGGGUCGACCAUAGAUCUGAACAAGAAGCUGUUGUGCGAGUAUGCGCUUUACCAGGUGCAGUCGCAGAAAAGAUCCGAGGUGGGCUCUAUUACAAUGGCGAAACUCAUGAGUCUGGAGCCGCGCUCCCUGGAGUGGUACGAUUGCUUGACAACGUUAUUGGAGACCACCAACGCGACGAAUCUUGACAUCCCGCUCUUGCAAGGUAGCGAUGGCUCGGGGACGAGUUCACCUGGCAAAGGGCAGGAGAAGUCGGAAGGGGUUAAUCGCAGCAACACCAUCAUUAAGAAGAACAGGGAGCUGCAGGAACUGACGUCCUUUGUUUUGUCCAAUGCGAUCAAGAAAGGCAUCGAGCUGAGGCCUGUCAACAUGGACAAUCCACUUGAGUUUCUCAAAAAUGCCAUUGAGACAAUCAUAGCGUCGUCAUCACAGCCGCGGAAGGAGGAUUCAGAUCCACAGAUGGACUCUUUGGAGACCGCCUUCAAAGAUCUGCAGCUGGCACAUAGUUUCCUCACAAAACAGUUUGAGAAUGACCGCAAUGAAUACUUGCAAAACAUCGAAAUACUGCAAAGGACGAACAAGGAGUUGCAACAAAAGCUUCUAGACUAUCAUUCUGACUUGUCCCAGGUGGAGAAUAGGCUGCAGGAGACCGAGCGGGAGCUGGAAGAGAAUAACAAGAGAGCGAGUCAGCCGCAGAGAAAGAGUUUCGGUAUCACAUCGCCGCUUUUCUCCGGCGAUGCUUGGAAUGAGCCUUCACCAGGUUCGGCAAAGAGCUUCAACAGUACCAACGCGCACUCUAUAACGAUAAUGAGGACGGAGUUCAAGAGGCUGCUGGUCGAGAGCCAACGGAGAUACGAGAAAGAGCUGCAGGAGGAACGUGAUGCGAGACUGAGACUGGAGAAGGAACUGGAGUCGCUGAGAAGGCGAUCGCGAUGA